AAUAGGCAUGGUCAGGGUUCUGAUAGGCUAGCUUGGUUUUGGAGAAUCAACAGUGCAGAGGACAGCCAGAAGAGCGAGUGGAUGAAUGAAUUCAAUUGGUUGAAAGCAAAAGCACGAUAUGACCAUUGGAGUGAAGAGCUGAAGUUGGUACAGCAUGAAAUGUGUUGGACAGUAUGGUGGUUUCAGAAGCAGGAGUCAGAGUGGAGAGCAAGGGCAGAUGAAAGCAUCAAGAAUGGGCAUAGGGCAUAUGCUGAAAAGCAGGCUUCUAUGUAG